UCUCGUGAUCUUCACUCAUUCACACAAGUUUUUGUGACGUAUUACACACUUCCGGUCUCCAAUGUAAACUUUAAAGUUGAAUAUGAUUUCAAAGCUAUGACAAAUUGAGAACAAAAGAUGGAUCUCUCAGUUUCCUCGGGAAAAGGUGAUUCGGAAUCCAGUAAAGAAGGACACUCUAGCAGUAGCAAAAUUGAAGAAUUGAAUGUCUUAGACAUUGAACAACAUUCUAAAAGAAGUUAUGAUACGAAUGGUACAAUAAAAGAAGAUGUCAGAGCUACAGAUAGACCAGAAUUUAGAAUAGCAAGUGACGAACAAGCUCAUUUAGACACAGAUGAUCAAGAAAAGGUCAAAAUGAAAUCAGACCCUGAAUCUGAGGAUGAAUAUGAAAAGAAUGCUCAUGGUGAAGUGUUUGAAGAUUCACCACUUUCCAAGUCUGUAGAUUUUAUGUUUGAGACAAAGUAUGUGAUGCUGAAUUUCAUGAGUUUAAUACCACCAGAUAUGUAUAGAGGGCAUAUUUCAACUUCCCCUGAAAUUGAGCCAGAAUUGAGUCAAAGAUACGCCAAACACAAUACACAUCUAUCAAAAAGUAAAUCAUUUGAUAUAAGUUCUUACCACAGAAAACCGAAGUUAAAAUACAUUGGAAAGCUGAGAUCAAUUCAGAAACAAAUGGAUUCUCCUGCUUCAGAAGACAAUCUUAGUUACCGAUACAGGAAAAACUUGAAACCAGUCGAAAGCCCAGGUUGUGAUAGGUUUAACUCAGAUCCAGGCACUCCGCCCGCAGUCUCUGAAUUGUUCGAAAAAUCCCACAGUGCCCAUGAAUUUAGCACUCAUUCUUCCCCAUCUCUGAGUCCUCAGAAAAGUUUUCACUCACCUCAAAGGUUGUUUAGUGACGCAAGCAGCUGCGGAGAGCUCAGCUACAUGAGUGAUGCCGAUGAUGAAUAUGAAGAUCAUUCUAAUGCUUCAAGUAUAUUUAGCUCAAGAAGUAUUUCCAGUAGAGAUGGUUUCCUUGACCUCCGUAGACCUUAUAGAGGUGUACACAUUCUUCCCACCUUACAAAGUCAGUCUGAAGAUAAAGAUGAAGCUGAUGGUCUGUUCCCACAUCUUACGGAAGGUAAUGCUGACAAUGGUGACCUAGAAACAUUACCAGAAGAGGUUAAAGACGAGAUACACAAAGAUAAAGAAAAUGGUAAAGAUCUAGGGGAAGAUGUACCACCUGAUAGUGCUGAUGUUGAAGGAAGAAGUAGAUUGAAACAGACUGCUGACAGGUCAAAGCUUAAACUUAACAUUCCAUGUGAAUCUGUUCAGCUAGAUGAUAUACUCCUGUCAUUACAUUCUGAGCUAAGUAGUGAGAUUGAUGAUAUGGAAUCUGAAUUUGAAGAAGCUUUGCACAGUGCUAGAAGUAGAAUGAGUAGGUCCAGUAACAUUACUCCCUUGACACCUCAGACGGAGGCAGCUCGGAUCCUUGCUCGUAUUGGUGAUGAAGUAAAGGAGCAGUAUGGUGCUCGUCUAGCAGCUGCCGUCAACCAGCUGACCUACGAGCAAAUCAACAAUUUGUCAUACUCACAGUUCAGGGAUAUAGCUCAGUCUGUGGUGACAGCAGAGGUUCCUGGCUGGAGACAGGUAGCUUUAUUAAUGGUAUUUGGUCAGAAGAUAAUCUGGGGAGCUGUGCAGCAUGGCCAAAGACAUUUUGGCAAUGUGAUUGAUUACUGUGCCCAGUUCGUUGCCGAGAAUGCUGCAGAAUUUAUUAUAAAACAAGGUGGAUGGAGCUCAGUGAUGAACUUUGACCCCAGUUCUGAUGCACAGAGUUCAGCAGAGUUUGACACUUCACCAGAGAUGGUGGUAGAUUACUUCACAAGUCAUGAUGUCACUCAAGUAGAAAGUGAGAAGUGCAUACAUGAUGAGUCUGAAGGUACAAACAAUAUAUCACCAGGUUUUAAAGAAGACAAAAGUGAAAAUACAGAGCAAAUACUGAAUGAUGAUCCAAAUUUGAGUCCCAGUCACAGACUUACUGUUUCAAAUGUAGUCAAACCUAGAUAUGCUUCUAGUGUUGGUUUUGAGUACACAGAUGUUAUAGAAGACAUGGCAGGGGAAGAGAUUGGUUCUGAUUCUGAAACAGAUGUUAAUUUGGCAUUUGUUCAAAAAGAUGAAGUUGAGGCAAAUGUUGAAGAUACUUUGCAUGAUGACGUAGAAGAAAAUGGUGAUGAAGCAGUUAAAUCUAAAGACCAGCUGAAGGAUGAUUCAGAAAAAUGCCAUGAUAGAGAUAGUGUUAAAGGGACCAAUAUACUGGAAAAGCAGAGAAAAGAAGACAUUCCAGGGGAGACUGUAGAUGGGAGAAUAUGUAGUGAUAAAUAUGAAACAACAAAUGAUCUCAAUUCCAAAAAUGUGAUAGAUUAUGCAAAAGCUGAUAGUUAUGACAAGGAGUCUGUUUACGUUAGACAGGCUACUCCUAGUUUAUUUGAUAGUGCUGUUGACAGUCUGAAUGAAGUCAAAGAUGUAAAUGGCAAUACAUCUGAUAAAAGAACAGAAAGUGGUCUCAGCAUUAAAGUAAUGAGUAAUGACAAACAUGGAAUAGUUAGUGAAAGAAAUGAUAUUGUUGGUGAGACAGGUGUUACUGAAGAUGACAUUGAGAUUGCUGAGGAUAAAUCAAAUGGUAUUUUAUAUUUGAAAAUUAACUCAGAUGAUAGCGAAUCUCUUAAUAAUAAUGCUUCAAAAUAUUUACCAGCAAGUGACCAGUUCAAUAAAAGCCAAAAUACUGAAAGAAUAAAAGACACAAUAAAUAGAGUGGCAGGUACAAAUGCUCAAAUAGACUUGGAAGGUGGUACAGAACAAUUAAUAAAUGAUGAUGAGCUUAGAAACAUUGGUGAAUCAAAUAAAAAUAACAAUCGACAAACAAGUGAGGAGGAUGUCUUCAUUGAAGUCAUUGAUCCUCAUAGCUAUCAAGAUUUCCAAUACGAGAGUGAUGGUGAGUCGACAGAAAAUGAAAGUGUUGAAAAGGAAGUAGUUGAAGAUAAUGAGGGUUUGGAUAUUGAGGAAAUUGAUGAUGUAUGUAAAGACACACAGGGUUCUGAAAGGGAGACUAUCCAAGAAUCUCAUAUGUCAGAGAAUCUGAAGAGAAUAGGUUUCAGAGUCGCUGCCCUUGCUUUUGCAUUGUUAGCAGUUGGGAUAAGUGUGAGGUUUUCAACACUUAAUAGGUAGUAUAUCUCAAACAAUGAUACUAUUAUUGGGACUUGAUUUGGUGCAAAGGAUCAUCAGGGGACACAUGCAAUUGGAUCUUAUUUUUGGAGACGCACAUAUUUAGUAUAGAGUAAUUCAAGAUAUUUUGUUUAAUGCGAAAUUUCUUCUUAUAAACAUAAAUAUUAUAAAGUAAUUAAGUAUGUUGUAAUGUAAGUAAAUUAAUUACUAAACAAUAAGUGCUCAAGACAGUUGUUGCAGUUCAGUAACAAUGAUAAUAAUUUUUUUUUUAUAUAUUUAAUCAGAAUUUUUCAGGAAAUAUUAAUUUUCGUACUUUAUUGAAAUACAAAUACUAUGUACAAGAAAGUGCUAAACAAUUAUUCAAAUAUUUUCUGAUACUUUUUACACUGACUUCAUUUGUCUAUAUUUUUAUGAAAUGAAAAAAAAAAACAUGAAAUAAUUAAAGGGACUUUAUUGUUUUUUGUUGUUUUUUUUUGACAAAACCAGACUGGAAAUAUUUUGUUAGAAUGGUGUACUAUUUUAUGUAGAUAUGGACCAAUAAGUUACAUGUAUAUGUACUUUUUAUACUCAUUCUGUUUUAUUCAGAAUAAUUUUUUUUUAUUGUACAAAAUGAUAAAAAAAAAUUGAAAACCAUUUUAAAUACUUUUAACUUAAAACAGACUAAGAAUCACAUUGAAUCACAUUAAAAAUUUGGUAAUUUAUCUAAUUCUAAGUGUAUUUCUUUUGCAUAUUUUAUUGUUUUGCUGCAAUUGAUCUAUGCAAAAAUUUCUAAGUUUUUAAGGUAUUAGACCUUUGUGAAGUUCCUUUUAUAUAUAGUAAACUCCACUUAUACUGAAAUUCAGUUGACGGCCAAAUUUAUAUCAUUAUAUCCGAAUAUCAUUAAAUAUCAUUAUAUCCGAGAGGCAACCAAUUUGAAAACAGCUUCAGGACACGGCUGACAGCAUCGUUAUAAGAGAGAUAUCGGUACUGUAUUUAUGCGAUAUCUUUAUAAGUGGAUUUUACUGUGUGUAUGUACUAAAUUCCACGAAAUUUUUGGUAAAUAAAAAUGUUCUUUUAUAAUAAAUUGUGCAUAUACGGUCCCCUAGAAUUUUGUGAUACAGUUCAUAUAUCAAAGUACAAAUGUAUUAAGGAAUAGAGUGAAGCACUUAGAAAGAUUUUUAUAAGAUUUGGAAGUAAUGUUUUAGUACAUAAGUGCCAUAUACAUUUACUUUUAAUUAUAAGUUUUAUUACUUGCUCAAUAGUUUAUCUAGUGAAAGAUUUUUUUGAGAUCAUUUUUGUUACUGGUGAAAAAUAUAUAUUAAGUGAUAAUUCACAUUUGACAUUUCACAGUGGAUAGGUGGCUUGUAUUAACAACUAUUGUUCAUUAAAUGACUCAGUCAAAGUGAACCUGCAUGAUUUUGAGGCUUCCUCUAUUUACACACUGUUGAGUUUGUUGUUGCUUAUCUUUUAGACACUUUUCAGGCAAUAACUGAUUAAAGAUUUUGUUUGGGAAAAAAAAGUUCUAUUUCAAGUCUCCAUGUAUACUCUCUUUAGACUGCCAACCUAGAUUCUUUACUGAUUCACCUUCCAGCUUUUUUCAAGUCUUUUCUUAACAAUAGAUUGAAUAAUUAAAUACACUAAUUUUUGUUCGCCAUAGCUUUUGGUUUUUUGGCCUACUUCAGCAGCAAUUAUUACAAAAUACAAAUAGUUACAUACAAAAUAAAGAAAGUGACUUAAUGUCACUGAACAAGGUCAUGGGAGAUGCUGUUUGCCAUCUCCGACUUCAUUCCCGAGUGUUGACCUAGUUUUGUCAAAUUCUGCUUGCCGUCUGUCAUUUUAUUCUUUUGUGUUGACCAAGUAAUGUCAAAUUCUGCUUGCUGUCUGCCACUUUAUUCCUUAGUGUUGUUAAUAUGUUAUCACUUUUACACAGAUUUUCGACUGUCUUUAUGUCAAGGUCAGUCCUGUGUAGUUUUUACAAUUAUUUAUUCAUAUGAAAAAAUGAAGACAUUCCAAACGAACUGACUAAUGAGGGUCAGGGACAAGAAACAGUUUUCUUAGGCCUUACGCCUUGAAACCUUUACUUUAUGCAGAAUAUUUUUGAUAGGUCAAAUUGAUCUUUGUUAUAGUGAUAAUUUUAUGCAGAUUUUAUGUUGUUUCGUUUGUUUUAUUCUCACAUUUUAUUGAACAAAGUGUUGUAUUUUUUUUACGAAAAGUUAAACUUUAAGUUAGUGAUAUGAUUUGAGAUUUCCCAUGUAUAAAGUUAGAACAAAAACUAAUAGUUUUGUCAUUUUAAUAUUAAUCAGUGUAUUACUGGUAUGUUAACAAGUUUAAUUAUUUACUCACCAUGUUGUUAAUGUUAUUAAUUUAUACAUAUAUCUUUUGAGGUAAGUGAUCAAAAUUAAAAAAAUUUUUUUUAUUGAUAAUCAGAACACUUAUCCAUCACAAUGUUUUAUUAACCAGUCUUAAAAUUUCAUAUCUAGCAAUUACAUGUAGUUGGAUUUUAUUAUGCUCCCCGAAAAAUUUCGGGGGAGCAUAUAGUCGGCGCCUUGUCCGUCUGUCCGCACUCACAGGACAGUAAUUAUGUGGCUAGAGGAACAAUAGGUAACUGUUCUUUCUCUUUGAUGUCAUUCAUUCCGUAAUGCUUUUAUGUGGCUAUUUUCUUUUGUGUGGCUAAAAAGAACAAAAUAGAGAACAAUAAAGUAGCCACAUAAUUACUGUCCUGUGAGAACGUCCGUCCGUCUGUCCGUCCGCACUCACAGGAGAGUAAUUAUGUGGCUAGAGGGACAAUAGGUUCUCUUUGAUGUCAUUCAUUCCGUAAUGCUUAUAUGUGGCUAUUUUCUUUUGCGUGGCUAAAAAGAACAAUAGAGAGAACAAUAGAGUAGCCACAUAAUUACUGUCCUGUGAGAACGUCCGUCCGUCUGUCCGUCCGUUGUCUUGUCCGGAGCAUAACUUGAAAACCCUUGGAGAUAAUUUGUUGAAACUUCAUACAAUGGUAGAGGGCAUUGAGGGGAGUGCAGUGUCAAAGAACCAUAACUCUAUUUUGCCCGGUUUUUGAAUUAUCUCCCCUUAUAGAAAAAUCUUGUCCGGGGCAUAACUCUAAAACUAUAAGAGAUAUCAACAUGAAACUUUGUAGGUGAAUAGAUCUCAAUGGGUAGAUGUGCAGUGCAUAAGAAAAAUAACUCUUUUUGUCCUAAUAUUGGAGUUAUUGCCCUUUGUUAAUUUUAACACUUUGAACUUUGUCCGGAACAUAACUCUAAAACUAUAAGAGAUAUCAAGAUGAAACAUUGUAGGUGAAUAGAUCUCAAAGGGUAGAUGUGCAGUGCAUAAGAAAAAUAACUCUUUUUGUCCUAAUAUUGGAGUUAUUGCCCUUUGUUAAUUUUAACACUUUGAACUUUGUCCGGAACAUAACUCUAAAACUAUAAGAGAUAUCAAGAUGAAACAUUGUAGGUAGAUAGAUAUCAUUGAGUAGAGGUGCAGUGCAAAGGAACCAUAACUCUGUUAAGCCUUAUUUUUGAAUUAUCUCCCCUUUUAGAAAAAUCUUGUCCAGGACAUAGCUGUAAAUCUAUAAGAGAUAUCAACAUGAAACUUAGAUACAUCUCAAUGGGUAGAUGUGCAGUGCACAAGAAUCAUAACUCUGCCGUGCCUAAUUCUGGAGUUAUUGCCCUUUGUUUAUUUUUACUUUUUGAAGUUGUCUGGGACAUAACUCGGAAAUCAUAAGAGAUAUCAUCAAGAAACUUUGUAGGUUGAUAGAUCACAUUGAUUAGAAGUGCAGUGCAAAGAACAGUAACUCUGCCUUGCCUAAUUUUGGAAUUAUUGCACUUUGAACUCUGAAACUACUAGAGGUGUACUUUCCUGUGUCCAAAACCUAUUCGGGGAGCAUCACCGGGCUCAAACCGGGCUCUUGUUUACUAAGUUUUGGUAUUUUUGAUAAAGAUUUUAACAAUAUAAUCAGAUACCUAUAUACUGUAUUUAACUAAUCUAGUCUUUUGUUCUAAUACUGUGUACACUCAUUUAUAAUUAAAGGCCCAUUAUGCCUGAGGUUGCUGCCAUUUUUAUUUCACAAAAACCUAUAAAUUUUUGGUACUUUGUUACAAUUUCCAAAAAAAUACUCAUUUUGCCAUAUACAUGUUCUAUCUUUGCAGCUUUUGCUUUGUUAGCAGUGCAUAUACAUGUACAUAUAAUUAUAGUGUUUUGCUUUGUUGGCAAUUUGUAUUUUGUAUGGAAGUGAAAGUACUAGUUUGUUUUCAAUUUGCUACCUUAGCAACACAUACUGCACAUUCAGCGCUACUUUCUUCAGUUGUUACGCAUCUAAUAUGCUCUAUAUCCAUUAUUAAAACAUUAUUCAACACAUUUUUGAUAUUUUUAAGAAUUUAAUUGAUGUCAUAAUGUGCCUUUUAACAUAAAUGGUAUAAUUUUUGUUAUAAUCAUACACUUUCAUCAGUGUAUUUUCUCCUUCUUUAUGAGAACAGAUCUGGUUUGUAAUAAUCGCAAUUUCUCAGGCCUAUUUUACUGUGCAUUAAAUUCAAACCAUGUCUUAUUAUACUACAAUGCUAAACAAAACUAUUUUCAGAGUUAGAUAAUUAGAAUGGCUGUAAAUGGGAUUCAUUUUGUUGAAAAAGAAACUUAAUGCAUUAAAUGUUUUAGCUAGAUUUUCACUGUAUGCAUCAGAUCUGAAUUCAUUUAUUAGAUGGGCGUCCGUGGCCGAGUGGUUAAGGUCGUUGACUUAAAACCACUUGCCCCUCACAGCUGUGGGUUUGAAUCCCGACAGGGACUUUGGAUUCUUUCAUGUGAGGAAGCUAUCCAGCUAGCUUACGGAGCGUCAGUGGUUCUACUCAGUACCCGUUCGUGCCUGAAAUAAUGCACGGAAGGGCACCUGAGGUCUUCCUCCACCAGUAAAGCUGGAAUGUCGCCAAAUGACCUAUACUGUGUCGGUAUGACUUGAAACCCAAACAAUCAAACAUUUAUUAGAUUCUCAUUAUAUGUAUUUGUUUCAUAAAUUUACAUCACAAAGUGAUAUAAUAGCUCUAUUUUCUAGUGUUCUAUACUUUUGAUCUCAGAUGUGUUUACUAACAAUGGUCCAAUAUAGAGUAGCAAUUGUUAUAUUUUUUAUUGUUAUUACAUACAUGUAUACAGAUAUACACCUCUAAACCACCACUAUCAUACAUCCCUUUCUCUUAGCCUGCUAGCGGCAACUGAAUUGCCCGCGUGACCAGUUCAGACCAGUGCAGAUAAAGAUCAGCUUGCACAUCUGUACUGUCUUGAUGAUCAUGGUCUGCACUGGUCCCUUUUCAGUUAGUAUUUACUUUGAAAUUUUCCCUAUAAAUGAUAAAUGGUUUUGUCCAGAGAUGGCCAAGUCCAUUUAAGAUAUUUAGUUCGAUAAGAUUUAAAUCUUAAUACAAAACUAUGCAUUGAAUCAUUCUUUGCACAGAAGCACUUCUUAACACACAGUUUCAUACUAUGAAGAAAUUAAUACAUUAGGGAUUAAAUGAAUUGCCAAACAUAUUUGAAAUUGAAAAAGAAAAAGAAAAAAAUAUGUAAAACAGUGGUAGUUUAGAAGUGUGUAUCAGUAUUUUUUGUAUUUUUAUUUACAAAGUGCCUUCCAUGUUUUAACCCUUACCCGUGAAUUACCCAAAUAGUUUGUUGACUUUACAUUUCUUGAACAGUCCAUUAUAUACUUUGGGGAUUUCAAGAUGAAUAUUUAAAAGUUGGUCAGCCAGAAGUAUAAAGCCAGUUCAGACUGCAUAGAUGUGCAGAGUGACCUGGCUCUGUACAGGUUGUAAAUACUGAUUAACGUUCCUGUAAGAUAUUAACCAAUACGCAACAGAGCAAAGAAUAAACUGGUUUCAAUAUUGUUGUUGAAAAAAAGGAUAACUUCAAAGGUUGUAGUUGUGAAAUAUUGUAAUUUGUAACCAGUCUGUAAGAUCCAACUCUAUAAUUAGCUUCCUUUCUAAUGAACCUAGUACCGUCCAAUUUUAUGUAAGCUUCUAUUCUUGUCCCCAGGUUCAAUUUUUAAAUAACUUUUAAAUGAGUGAUGGCCUUGUGGUUAAGGUAUCUGCCUCUCAACCCAGGGAUGUGGGUUCAAGCCCAACUAGGGUGAAGACCAUGACUCCUCCGCAUAUAAUACCAAAACCGGUUAGCUUCAUAAUGCGCGAAGGGGCACCUGGUGUCUACCUCCACCACUAUAGCUGGGAAAUUGCCAUAUGACCUAUACUGUGAUGGUGUGACUUUUAGCAGCAUUCCUCCAGAUUCAUGCAACAUUGUAAUUUUCAUGAACAUUUUGAAAAUUGAUUCGUAAGUAAAAUAUUGUGUUUAAACUUUGCAAAUGGCACUUUCAAUUCUUGUAAAUUACCAACAAGAUGUCAAAAUAUGCAAAAAAUAGCCCUUACUCAAGUUACUGUGUUAGUCAGGCAGUAGAAAAGGGGUUGGGGUGAUGUAUCUGAGGGGUGGUUGUCUUGUUCCUGUAGAAAUAGUGAUAAAUACUGCAAAAUCAGUCAUAAAUGAUACAUAUGUAAAAUAUUAUUUCAAUCUUGAAUCUCUUUACUUUUCUAAUUCUUAAAAUCUAAGUAUAUUUUUCUCAAGUUUGAUUUUCUGGAAAUAUUUUGACUCGUCUGAAGGUAUGCAGCUUUAAUAUCCAACAACGGUUCCAGAAAGCAAUCCAAGAAAAUUUCAAAUACAUUUUAAAUUACAACUUAAAUAAAUAUGUGAAAACUUUUUGUCACGAACAGGUUAUUCCAAGAAAAAUGGCCAUUUCUAGCUUGUCUGUCUGGAAGAAAAAAUUCGAGCCAUUAUGAUUGCUGAGGCGUUGUUGUAGUGCAAGAAUUUUAGUGUGUCAUUUAAAUGCAUUAUUCAAACAUUUCAAAAGGAGGUAUCAACUUGAAACUCGGAACACUUGCCUAGCAUGUCAAGGUGCAGAUGUGAAACAAGGGGCGUAAUUCUGAAAAUAAUAUUUUUGGAGUUCUGCCUCUUUUUUACGUAAGAAUUUUAGACAGACGAGCGGCUUUAUCACCGUGUGCGGUGUUUUUGUUUUAUUGUUACUGUUAUUUAUGUUAUCUUGAUCUGUUUGGCUAGUUUAAUGCCAUCAUAUAUCAUAUAUUGUUAUUGAAUAAUGUUAUAGCUAUGUUGAUUGAGAAUAUAUGUUUUGAAGAUUAAAAAAUAAAAGAAAAAUAUUUUUUUGUCAGAAUUUGACAGAAAAUCCCUGUACACAGUU